AGUUGCAACCUCAUCAUCCAAACUUGUCCUUUUACCUUCAUAUUAAUCCCAAACAAAAAAAACCGCAUUUUGAUUCACCAUACACUUGUUUGUUCCCACCUUCUCUUUCGCACCAACCCUUUCUAAUUUUCUCUCUCUCUUCAUCAAUUCUUACGAACCCCAUUUCUCAUUUUUUCCCCAAUUUUUCACAUUCUUUUAUUUUUCUAUUUUCUUUUACGUAUUAGGUAAUGGGAGACCCUGUAGUAAAUUUUGAACCUUUUUGAGGUUUCGAUUCCUGGGUAUGAUGAAAAAAUGGAUUUUGAGAGAAUUUUUUGUAUGUUGGGUUUUGUUUGAGGAUGCGUUUUUGUUAUGACAUUAGAGGUUGCAAUGUUUUUUGUUUGCAUUUAGCCAUUGCUAUCGAAUGCCGAUGCAAUUUUAAUAUUCGGCAUUCGAUCUAUUGUUGUUGUUUUUGUUGUUCUUCAUUCGAUUCCAACCUUUUCCCAUUCUAGUCAGAAAUAGAACCUCAUCCAAUAAAUUUGAAAAUUUGAUAGUUUGAAAUUUUGUUCUUGUACUUUUUGUAACCGGAAAUGAAUUCUGGUUCUGUUUUAGCAUUGCAUCCCACUGAUAAUGUUUUCAGAACAAGGGAGCUUCUUGAUUUUGAGGAGGAUUUUGUAGAGAAAGAUCCAACCGGCAGGUACAUAAGGUACAAUGAAAUCUUGGGCAGGGGUGCCUUCAAGACUGUUUAUAGGGCAUUUGAUGAGGUUGAUGGAAUAGAAGUUGCUUGGAACCAAGUUAGGAUUGAUGGCCUCUUACAUUCGGUAGAUGAUCUUGCGAAAUUGUAUUCCGAAGUUCAUAUAUUGAAGGCUUUAAAACAUGAAAAUAUCAUUAAGUUCUACGAUUCCUGGAUCGACGAUAAGCAGAAAACCGUUAACAUGAUCACCGAACUCUUCACAUCUGGAAACUUAAGACAGUACCGUAAGAAGCAUAAAUACGUUGAAAUGAAAGCUAUAAAAUGUUGGGCUAGACAGAUUCUUCAAGGCCUAGCAUAUCUUCACGGUCACAAGCCGCCUAUUAUUCACCGAGACUUGAAAUGCGAUAACAUUUUUGUGAAUGGACACCAAGGAGAAGUUAAGAUAGGUGAUCUCGGUCUGGCAAUCGUCAUGCAGCAGCCAACUGCUCGGAGUGUUAUUGGGACGCCCGAGUUUAUGGCUCCCGAAUUAUAUGAAGAGGAGUACAAUGAACUCGUUGACAUCUAUUCUUUUGGGAUGUCAAUGUUGGAGAUGGUUACUCUUGAGUAUCCCUAUAACGAAUGCAACAACCCAGCUCAAAUAUUUAAGAAAGUUACCUCGGGAAUCAAACCCGCUUCCCUUAAUAAGGUGAGUGAUCCUGAAAUUAAGGAGUUUAUCGAGAAAUGCUUGGUUCCUGUAUCCAAGAGAUUGUCUGCAGAGGAGCUUCUUAAAGAUCCAUUUUUACAAAUUGAGAAUCCAAAGGAUCCAUUCCUGUCUCCUAUCAAAACUCCAAUAGCUACAGAUAUUCCCAAGUCUCGUUCUCCAUCUAUGGACAUCGAUGCUGACUACAAACAGUUUUCCGAGAGUAUCUAUGCUGAGAGCAACCAGGAAAUCUUACAUUAUCCUGUUUUUGAAGUCCAAAAGACUAAUAAGAAUAACGAGUUUAGGUUAAAAGGGACUAAAAAUGAUGAUAACUCGGUAUCAUUGACCUUGCGUAUCGCUGAUACAUGUGGUCGAAUAAGGAAUAUACAUUUUCUCUUUUACCUUGAUACGGAUACUGCCGUCUCUGUGGCGUCAGAGAUGGUUGAACAUUUGGAGCUGGCGGAUCAUGACGUGGCUUUCAUAGCCGGCCUUAUUGAUUACUUGAUAAUGAAACUUCUUUCUUGGAUGAAACCGUCACAUGAUCAUAGCUCAGCUGGAGAUAUAAGUCUUCGCAGUGGUUCUACAAAUGUCGAUAGCCAAGUCUCAAUGCCAUGCCCUUGGAGUUCUACUCUAACUAAUGUUCCCUACGAAACAGUUAGCAGUCAAGAUGGCUUUUCCGGGUUUAAUAUAAUACCUCGAGAAGGUUUUGAGACAGUUGAAAAGAGUUAUUCUUACAAAAACGCCGAUAACACUGUUUUCGAGGGUGCCUUCGAUUCUUCUCAUUGUUUGAGUAACUCGGAAGAUGGAUCGGGAACUUCUGAGAUAACCGUUGACGACGCUUCAAUGAAAAACGACAAUUGUCAUGAUUCAAAAUUUCUCGGUGUUGCAUGUUUCAAAUGCCUUAGAAGGCCGAUACCCGAGCUUGAAGCUGGGGAAACGUGUUUCGAAGACUGUAAAUCGCAGGCAACAGAUUACAAUGUUGGUAAAAGCAUUGCGAACUCGGGAUCAACAAAUAUUAUGAGCUUUUUAGGUAGCUGUUGCUCUUCUGUGUCUUACACCGAAAAGGAUAUUGAUCUCGAGUUAAAGCUUGAACUUGAUGCAAUUGAGUCGCAAUAUCAGCAUUGGAUUAAGGAACUCACUAGAAUGAAACUGGAGGCAAUGGAAGCAACAAGAAAGAGAUGGAUGGCCAAGAAAAAGUAGCUGUUCAUUAAUUUUGAGCUUGUUGAUUAAUCAACAAUGUAGCACCUAUACACACUGUGUCGUGUCUGUGUCAAAGUCGUGUCUGGUGUCCAACAAGUAUCUUUGUGUCAAAAUCGUGUAUGGUGUCCAACAAAUAUCUUUGUGUCAAAGUCGUGUCUUUAAUAGUCAACUAACUUCUUUUUACCUUUUUGUUGAAGUUAUUUUAUUGUAAAGUUUAAUUUGUAGAUUGGA